AUGCCGCCUUCAAAUAAACCCCCUUCGCAACCGGCAGACCUCCAAUUCGAGCGCAAGAACCAUGACAUGGUUAAACUUCCGAAAUACGCCCGCAUCCACAAACGCCCAAUCCCACACGCCCCGAUCGCAUCUCCUUACGCGGGCCCCUCAACCCCCAAAACAAUCUACAUCUCCAGCUCAACGCCGUACAUGAGCGCCGUGAAACGCGUCCAGAAACUACUCCGACACGCCGAGAAGCGCGCGACGGCAUCCGUUUCCGCGGCUGUUGCGGGGAAGUCGAAGCAGCAGAAACGAACAUACGGGAACCAGAACCAGAACCAGCAGGAGAGACUGCUUGCUGCUCUUGCGAGGGGUGAGGAGCGCGAACAGCUUAGUAGCGAGGAGGUUUUUGUUAAAGCAACGGGGAAGGCGAUGAAAGUUGCGUUGAGGGUGGGAAGGUGGUUCGAGAGCGGAGGGCGGGAGGCGGAGUAUAAGGUGCGGGUCACGACGGGAUCUGUACUUGUUGUUGAUGAUGUAGAGGAGGAUGAGGAGGGUAGGGAGGGGCUUUUGAAAGAGGUGGAGGGGACGAAAAAUGGGGCAGGUGGUGCUCAAGGUGGCAGUGAGGAUACGACUAUGUUGACAACGACGACGCUGUCGGGAGCGGGGGAUACCACUCUGAUGACUGAGAAUUCUAAAGAAUCUGCGACAAGUGAUGAGACCGCGAUAGAUGCUCCCUCGAAGCCUCUUUCGAAGUCACAACUGAGAAAAAGAAAGAGGGCUGCCGGUUUGGCAGCUUCGAUUGCUGAGACCGAGCUACCGGAAACGCGGACGAGAUGGGUUAAUUCCGUCGAGGUCGCUAUAUCCCUGAAGUGA